AUGAACUUCAGUGAUCCAAAUUCAAUUCAUUAUGCCGCAGCGAUCAGCUGGCGAUUUCCCGCUCUCACUGGUACGCUGACAUUGUCCUAUUUCAUUCACAAUGCAGUGCUUACUAUUCUCCGAAAUCAGAAGAAUCCUGAGAACAAUGCACGCGAUCUCUCAAUCGGUUACCUGUUAGCCGCUCUAUGUUACGUAUUCAUCGGCUUCACGUUUUAUGCUGGUUUCCCAGUGCAGAGGACUUGUAUAAGUGACAAUUUUCUGAACAAUUUUGGUGCUGGCGACAUUCUUAGCAGCACUGCUCGCCUGUUUCUACUUUUUCAAAUGAUUACUGUGCUUCCACUUCUAAUGUUUCUGAUCCGAUCACAGCUCUUCUACGCAUUCACUGGGAAAACGUGGCCUGGUCUUGGACCAGUUGUUCUCUUGAACUGCUGCAUCAUCUCAAUUGCAGUCGCGGUUGCUAUACUGUAUCCUAGAGUUGGCAGCAUACUUCGCUACGUCGGUUCGCUCUCUGGCUUAGUCUACGUCUUCGCCCUGCCCUGCUUGGUGUAUAUGAGGAAAUUGCAUGUGGAGGGUCGUCUGACGCCUAGGAAGAGGUUCAUCCACUCCGCAGUCAUCGCUAUCGGCACAUUGAAUUUCAUUGCACAAUUUGUAAUUUGA